GUAGCUCUGAGGAAACAGCGUUUACUGCAGGAAACUGUGUGUGUUUUUUAAUCUGAGUCUUUUAAACAUCAUGAUAGCGGAUCAGGGUCAAUCAAACUCGGUGGAGGUGGACACGGCUUUCCUUAGAACCAAAAGGGCCAUGCUGAAAGGGGGAGAGAUGGUAACUCUGUGCGUGGCUCUCGUGUCUUUCGCUCUCGGUUCCAGACCACGGUUCAUCACAGCCUCUGUGCUGGAGAUCGUCAUCACGUCACUACUACUGAUGCUGUACCUGCUGAAACUCAAUAAGAGGCUCACACUCUUCUUUUGGCCCUUUGUUGACUUCUUUAACUCAGUUUUUGCAGCAGUCUAUCUGGUUGUCCUCGGCCUGAUGGCUCUGACAACGUACAGCUACGCAGGGACAUUGGCCGGAGGGAUUGCCUUUUUCGUGGCAGCUCUUCUGUUCUUUAUCGACAGCUACAUGCUUUUCAGGAACGUCACACUAAACAAACCAAGGAAUGAAGCACAGCAACAAGGCAGUGGAUAAAUGAAGCAUCGCACUGCAUAGUAUUCAUGUGCGACAAUUUUUUUUUUUACCAAUUUUAGCUGGCUUACUACAGUAUACUGCAGUGGUUUCAAGUGGAGAAAAUAUUUCAUGUCUUAAAUUACCCACCCACCUACACUGAUCAUAGAACACUUCAACACAAUUAACCCCGACUGAACACCAGUAAAUUAAACCAACACAGGUGAAUGCCAUCUGCCAAUCACUGCCAAAUCACUCAGCCCUAAACCAAUCCAAAAGGUCACACCACAGAUAAAGCUGAUCAAGAUGGAGGGUCAUGCGGACAAUGGAGACCAGAGGUGGCCAAGUGCAUACAGAACGACAUCACAGACCGUAAUCGCACAAAUAUACAUAAAGAUAAAAGUACAAGGCAAGUCCUGGACUAGCUAGAAUCCAGGUAGUCACUCUGGACUGCAACCGAAACAUCCAAGACUUUGGAAAAGGGCCACAAUUGGGACAUCCAAAUUGUGGAAAAUUACAGCAACAUCCCAAAACUGUGGAAAACAACCACAACGUCCAAAAAACAGACCGCAAACAGGACAUCUAAACUAUAGAACGUUUCAAUGAUAUAAACCAGAGAACCCUACAUUAAGAAGGUAAAAACAUUCCGGAGAGACUGGAACAUGAAGGAGACGAGUACGCACGGCAGCCAAGAGGCCUUGUACUGCUGUGUGUAACACAUUCAAACACACACAUUUAGCAAGGAACGGCGUCCUGGUAGAGCAUAAAAGGAAAUAAAACAACGCUCCUUACUGUGCUGAAGAUCUUCAGGAUGAGCAAUCUGGAAAAUAAAGUCAGAGAAAACCAUGUUAAGGACUGAUGUUUUGGCGUGAGCACAUUUGUUAGUUAUUACUAUUCUUAUUUAAAUAAAAAAAAAACAGUUUGACUGCA